AUGCCUGCAGACUAUACGUCCACUGCUCGGGCUCUAUCUCUUCCAAUGUCGCCUGCAGAAUCCCUGUCGCCGGCCGAAGAAGAUACACAGCCAUUAUGGAGCCAUCUGUCCUCCAGUAGACGCAAUACGGCCAGUCCCUCUGCCAGGGAAUCAACUGGUCUCCGUGAUCAAGUCGUCAAUCAAACCACGAAGAUGCUGCGACGUACCAAAAAGACAUGGCGGAGACUAACAUUUUGGCAGAGAAUUGGGGCUAUUGGAGCAGCUUUGCUUGCCAUCUUCCUAGGAUUGGCAUUCAUGAUCUUCACGGGACAAGUGUUCUUCUGGCUGGGGCCUGUAGCUGAAAAAUGGGAACAGUCAUGGCUUGCAUUUUUCGUCCUCUGGCUGUGCGUUUUCUUCGUUUCUUUCCCACCAUUGGUAGGUUGGUCCACGUUUGGAACGAUAGCUGGUUUCAUUUUUGGCAUAUGGAAAGGCUGGAUCCUCUAUGCCACUGCAACCGUGCUCGGAUCAACAUGUUCUUUCAUCGUGUCGCGGACGAUCCUAUCGAAAUUUGUGAACCGCAUGAUGGAACGGGACAAACGAUUCGCUGCUCUCGCGUUGACACUCAAGUACGAUGGACUUAAACUCUUGUGCAUGAUUCGCCUAUGCCCCCUACCGUAUUCUGUCUGCAAUGGUGCCGUCUCGACCUUUCCGACGGUCCAUCCUUUGAUGUAUGGACUUGCGACUGCUCUCAUCACACCCAAGUUGCUUGUCCCGGCUUUCAUUGGAAGUAGGAUUCGGAUUCUUUCCGAGAAAAACGAGGAGAUGAGCGCCGGGUCCAAGGCUGUGAACAUCUGUAGUAUUAUUCUUACCAUUGGAAUUGGUAUCUUUACAGGCUGGUAUAUAUACAGGAGGACGUUGGCUCGAGCCAAAGAGUUGGAAGCCAAAGAGAGAGCAGAUAUACGGAGAUCGUUACAAGCCGACCAUGCUGCUCACCGUCCCCAUGGUUCUUUCUCCGAAGACCCAGAUGUCAACACUGCUGCCGCUACACUCGCUCGCGAUGAGGAGGAAAGGAUCGGGUUCAACGACUUUGAUGAUGACAACGUCGAUCUUGUUAUUGACGACGAGAGCGGCAGCGAGAAUUCGCCAAAUCUCACGAAAAAGCAGUUCCAGGGACCCUAUAGGGACGAACUCACGGACAAUGAUUCAGACGUUUUCGGGGAUGGCGAUGGACCUGACAAUCAGAUGUUCCGUCUCCAUACACACGUGCGAUCGGGCUGA